AUGGCAAUGAGCGCCCCGCUCGACGAGCGCUUUAGCCUGCGCGUACGGAACCUGCCGGCUGUAUUGUCCACGGAGGCCGUCACGUCCUUGCUCACCCACUACGGCGCCACUCGCGUCCGUGUGCUACAGCGCCGAAAUGCAGCGUCCAGUGGCAAGGAACCGGGCGCAGCGGCACCCAAGAAGCUGCAGAAAGCUGUUGCAACUUUUGCAACUCGUGAAGCGCAGCAGAAUGCUCAGAGGCGUCUGAAUUCGCUGGAGCUGGCUGGCCACCACCUUCAGGUGGAAGUGGUUGGCGAUGAAGCUGCAACCACGUCGACUGAGGCGAAACCGGAGGCUGUGGAUGCUGGCCACACGCUGCCGUUGAAGGGGCAACCGCCGCUUCCUAAAGGUUUGCCUCCGCCGCUCCCACCGACGCCAGCUCCUGUGCAGAACCCUCUCUAUGCUCCUGCACCGUUGGCUCCGCAUCUUGGGCAAUGUGGCGGAGCAAGUUCUAACUGCGGGUUGUGUAUGGGCGGCAGAUUGCACUACGCGCCGUCACCAUUGCUCGAGUACAAGUAUCCGAAGGCCACCGAGAGUAUCAACAAGUUGUCCGCUAUCAAGAAUAACGCCGCUCUUCACGGAGCCUUCCAACUCGGAGCUGAAAGUGGAAUCAGCCACGAAGUGCAUCAACUGGCACGCCCAGGUGUGAUAUCAAAGAGCGAGUUGGAACGACAGCGAGUUCCACGUGAAGGUAUGCUAUACUUGUAA